AUGCCCAGCUCCACGCUGGCUGGGGAGAUCCCCUGCACAGCGCUUCAGAGCCACACAACUGGGAAGCUGGGCUUCGAGGAAUUCAAGUAUUUGUGGGGGAACGUCAAGAAGUGGCAGUGUGUCUACAAACAGUACGACACGGACCGAUCCGGCACCAUCGGGAGCAGCGAGCUGCCAGGCGCCUUCGAGGCGGCGGGCUUCCGGCUGAACGAGCAGCUGUAUCAGAUGAUCGUGCGCAGGUACUCAGACGAGAACGGCCACAUGGACUUCGACAACUUCAUCAGCUGCCUGGUUCGCCUGGACGCCAUGUUUCGUAAGUGGCCUGCGGGUCGGUCCUGGGGAUGGCUCGGGCGCAGCACGUCACACCCCUCACUGACCCGGGUCCUGGUUGUGCCAGGCUUAGCCUCCUUCCGGCUCACCAUGUGCCGCUCAGGCGGGCCCAGAAACCAGCCCUGA